AUGAGUGAUAUGAGCGACGACUACGACGAUGACUACGGUCAGGGAUCGGACGAUGGAUUCGGAUACGAGAGCUAUGAGGGGUCGGACUACGGGGACGACGGAAACGAUGGGUUUGACGACGUCAAGCCGGAGAGUUUGAAGCGGAAGCCGUAUGAGAUUGCGUACGAAGUGCUAUCGGUUUCCGACAUCCAGAAACAGCAAGACGAACUGAUUGAGCAAGUGUCGAGCAUCCUCGGUCUCUCGAACGAGAACGCGAUGACUCUUCUUCUCUACUUCAAAUGGAACAACGACCGUUUGCUGGAGCAUUACACCGAGGAUCCCGAAGGCGUGCUGAAGAAAGCGGGAGUGUCGAUCAGCGACGACGACAAGUUUGUGUACGAGAUCAAGCCGGUUGAAGGAUUUUUCUGCGAUAUAUGCUGCGAGGACCGCGAAGGACUGAUGACGUUUGCCCUCGAGUGCGAUCACCGGUUCUGCGCCGAGUGCUAUCGACAGUACGCGACGCAGAAGAUUGUGGACGAAGGCGAGUCGCGCAACAUCACAUGUGCGGGCGACUGCACUGUGGUGAUGAACGAUAGCGCGAUCAAGACGCUGGUGGAGCCGCAGGUGUAUGGUCGCUACCAGACGCUGCUGCACCGGACUUUUGUGCUCGACAACGAGCACCUUAUCUGGUGUCCGGCGCCGAAUUGCGAGUACGCGGUGAAGUGCGACGACGUGUCGGCCAAAGAUUUGACGUCGGUGGUGCCGACGGUUACGUGCAAGUGCGGGCACCGGUUUUGCUUCGGGUGCGGUCUGCCGGAUCAUCAGCCAUCGAUUUGCGCGCUGGUGAAGAAGUGGAUCAAAAAAUGCGAGGACGACUCCGAGACGGCGAACUGGAUCUCUGCGCACACAAAGGAGUGUCCAAAGUGCCGGGCGACGAUUGAGAAGAACGGCGGGUGCAACCACAUGACGUGCCGGAAGUGCAAGUACGAGUUUUGCUGGAUCUGCAUUGGCAACUGGGCGGAGCACGGGACGUCGUGGUACAACUGCUCGCGGUACGACGAAAAGUCGGGAGUGGACGCGCGCGACAGCCAGGCCAAGUCGCGGGCGUCGCUGGAGCGUUAUUUGCAUUACUACAACCGGUACGCGAACCACGAGCAGUCGGCGAAGCUUGACCAGGACUUGUACGUGCGCACGGAGAAGAAGAUGACGCAGCUGCAGUCGACGUCGGGGAUGUCGUGGAUCGAGGUGCAGUAUCUUGCGCAGGCGUCGGCGGCGCUGCAGGAGUGUCGACAGACGCUGAAGUGGACGUACGCGUUUGCGUUCUACCUCGAGCGGAACAACGACACGCAUAUUUUCGAGGACAACCAGCAGGAUCUGGAGUUGGCGGUGGAGCACCUGUCGCUGUUGUUUGGGAAGCCGAUACACGAGCUUGCGGAGUUGAAGGUGCAGGUGAUGGACCGGACUGCGUACUGCAACAAGCGCCGGGAGAACCUGCUGUCUGACACCGCGAAGGGACUUGCGGAGGGGCGGUGGAAGUACCAGGUGCAGGUGAAGUGA